GAUGUCAUCUGACAAAAACAGGGCAAAAUGCGCUCAAAAUUAACAGCCAUCUAUAAAGGAUUUGCAAGAUUUACCGAAAGUAGAAAAUUAGCAACAAAAUCAGAUUCUUCGAAGGAUGUGUUUUGCCAACCUCACAUGAACGACUUGCCAGUGCCGUGUGGACCGUGGGAUCCCUGGUAUCGAAAAAAACAAAGCUUUUACAUGAAACACUUUGCCCUCGGCUUAGCCUGGUGGUUGUUUUCAUUUUUUUUGGCCAUAUAUACGGACAGUAUGUACCUCAAUUGGGGACCGCCCAGAUUUCCGGCCCCACCCAGCGACAUGGUUGAGGAGUGCGACGAUUCUGACACCUGAUGUGCAACAUCCAUACCGACACAAAUUUUGUAAUAUAUUUUUUGCACAUUCCAAUGGGGCCUUAUUGAAAACGUGGCAUAACUUCGGAAUAGUUAUGCGGUGUUCCUUACGCUCUAACAUUUGAAUGGUACUGUUAGUUAUCAUGUGACCUGUCACUGCGACGUUAUGCCACGUUUUUAAGGGGGGGGCCAUAAGGGGGUGCUUACUUUAUCAGCAGAUUCUUCCGUUGAUUGAAAUUCAGAAGGCCAAUCAAACUGUCCACUGAUUUCCUUAAUUUCUAUUCAUACUUUGAAAUAUAUUAACUACAGUAAGCGAAGUGGGAAGUAGGUAUGGUACUGCAGUCCAAACCUUUAGUUACGUCUUACGGUAUAUAAAUAGCAGUUUUUAUUUAGUUAUGAAUAAGCUGAUUUGUCAGGUUGCGUAAUUAAUCAGGAGCAGUGGAAGAAACAACCUUUCUGACGUAAUAAUGUGCACGUUUAAAGGUAGGGAUUUAAGUUUCCCAACGCUUCGACUUAAGGCUAUAGUUAUGCCUUAUAUUGCAGUUACCAGCAAAUUUUUCGGUAACCAUAAGAUACAUAAUUUGUAGAAAAUCGCUUACGUUUGGAGAGAAAGUUAAUAUCUAGGUACCGUUAUAAGGAACGAAACUCACUAGCAUUUAAAGAAUGGCUCCCUUGUGUAACCGUUGUCUGGGUGGAUUGACCGCUCCGAUACAAUUUGCAGCAGUACCUACAAAGGGCGUGCGUACAUCCUUAGAAUCCGUGAACAUCGGGGCACGGGUCUGUUCUUUAAAUGGGUAUCGGACGUUUAGGAUAGUCUUGUGGUUAGGACUUCAGCCUAGCUUUCAGGGACAGGGGGACAGUGUUCCUCUGUAUACAUUAGGUCUCAGACCCGAUGGACACAUGCAAGAAUCUGUUUAAAGAACGGGUCCAAAUCAAUUAGUUUGAAUUAAACCUCGCACGGUAAAUGUUAUUCUUAGGAUAACAAAAGAAUUUUAGGUAGGUACAUUACAAAAGAUUCCCAUUGGAUAGUGGGAUCCGGGUCAGCCAUAACAUAACUACUGGUAUUACGUCCUUGUAUACAAGAGACUUAAGCGAGACGUUCUGGGGUCUCAUGUAAAUUAAAUUGACGGCAGGUUUUUCUAUUUUAAAGAGCUGUUACUAUGGGUCUAUAGGUAGGUACUAAAUACACGUACGUUGUUUCCGUUGGUACUUAUUUAACUUUUUACUAAAAUAGUAUAGUUUUAUAAGCCAAUUCAUGUUAUUUAUUCAUGGACCUACCUUUUUUUAUGCUAUCCAGGCUAUUCUAUUUAUAAUAGAAUCGCCUUACCUAUCUAUUAUUAUGUAAAUGAAUAAUGCGAAUAGUUUAAUGUGUUUUAAGGUUGGUUUGAAACUCAAAAUGUUUUCGUCCUGUUUUUCA